AUGGCCGCCCGUCAAAGAUGUGUUGUGAAAAGCAACACCGACUAUAUUUAUGUAAAUGAAGAUCAAAUUGAUUCAGAAUUAAAAUGUUCAAUAUGUCAACAAGCCUUUGUUAGACCUAAGAUUGGAACAAAAUGUGGACAUACAUUUUGUCAGGAAUGUAUCGACAAUUGGUUCAAGCAGAAUUCAACAUGUCCUAGUUGUCGAGAACGAACAGCAUUUCAACCACUUACAACUCGAAUCGUUUUAAAUCAACUCGACUCAAAUAAUAUUGAACGAGGUAAUUUUGAUGACCAUAAUAAUCGAUGUUCCGAAGUAAGAGUCAAAUGUCAAGCUGCUGAUUUAAAGUGUACAUGGGUAGGCAAACGCAGCGAAGAAGCUCAACAUUCGGUUGCAUGUCCAUUGGUGACAAUUCGACCGGUUGUAGCAGAUUUACGAAAUGAGAUCGUAGCAUUAUCUCAUCAAGUUCAAAUAUUAAUGAAUGAAUUAAGACAGCAACAAUCAAAUUGUGUUCAAAACCAAGUUACUGUACAACGUCAAAGAGAUGUAAAUGCCGCAGAAGUUGUCGGUGAUUUCAUGUCUAGACAAGAAUAUUUUGAUGAACUUAUGGCUGAUAUGAGAUAUCGCUGGAUAAGUGGUCCUUGCAAUUGCUUUAGAGCUUGUGUUAAGUAUCCUUAUGAAGAGUGUCGUUAUGAAGUACCAACGUUUCUCAGAUGUUUAAUAUGCUCACGUGAACUUAUACCUAUAUACUAUUUCUUAAGUGGAAUUGGAAGAGUUCACAUCGAUGGUGUCGAAACUGAUGUUAAGUGUUCAGUUCUUGUCGAUUUGUUCAUAAUGGAAUAUGAAGCUGAUUGGGGUUUGGAAUUGCUAGGAGUGGUGUCAGAAGUCAGUUGA